UCCACUCUUCCUCCCCGCCCGAAUCUCGCUGCUCUUCCCUCUCUCCCUCAUCGAUAACUCUCCGCACCCUCUGGCCGCCAAACGUACUCCCUCUGCGAUGUCUGUACGAGUUCUUGUUACUGGUGGCACCGGUCUUGUCGGGCAGGGCAUUGAGUACGUCAUUGAGAACGAGCCCGCGAAUUCGCACUUCGGAAAGCGCGAUGGCGAGGAGUGGUUCUUCAUUGGUUCUUCGGAGGCGGACCUGAGGAAUCAGGACCAGACGAGGAAGCUCUUCGAGAAGUACAAGCCGACCCAUGUCAUCCAUCUGGCCGCGCUUGUCGGAGGUUUGUUUGCGAACAUGGCCAGGAAGCUCGACUUCCUGCGUGACAACAUCCUCAUCAACGACAACGUGCUGCACACCGCGCACGAGUUCAAAGUGAAGAAGGUCAUCUCCUGCCUCUCGACGUGCGUGUACCCCGACAAGGUCGAGUACCCGCUCGACGAGACCAAGAUCCACCUCGGCCUCCCGCACGAGUCCAACUUCGGCUACGCGCACGCGAAGCGUCUCGUCGACAUUCAAAACCGCGCGUACAAGGACCAGUUUGGGGACAACUUCACGUCCGCGAUCCCGACGAACGUGUUCGGCCCGCAUGACAACUUCGACAUGGAGAGCGCGCACGUCCUCCCCGCGCUCAUCCACAGGUGUUAUCUGUCGAAGAAGAACAACACCCCCUUCGUCGUCUGGGGCUCCGGCAAGCCCCUCCGGCAGUUCAUCUACUCGCGCGACCUCGCGAAGCUCUUCGUCUGGAUGCUCCGCAACUACGACUCGGUCGAGCCGCUCAUCCUCUCCGUCGGCGAGGACGAGGAAGUGUCGAUCAAGCAGGCCGCGGACGCCGUCGUGAAAGCGGUCGGCUUCACGGGCGAGUACCGCUUCGACACGACGAAGGCGGACGGCCAGUUCCGCAAACCGGCGUCGAACAAGAAGCUGCUCGAGCUCGUGAAGGAUACGGGCUUUGCAUUCACGCCGUUUGACAAGGCGCUGGACGAGACCGUGCAGUGGUUCCUGCAGAACUAUAACAACGCGCGGAUAGGGAAGCCGCAGUAGGCUCCGGGUGCGUGUAGUAGAAGUCUGUAGACUGCAGUCCAGUGUAGAGCUUGUAUCACUCCUGUGCUGGAAUCGACCACCCUAUGGGCUGAGUGCUCCGCUCGUUGUCCGCAUAUCUGGGAAG